UCCCUUCUCUUUUUUGUUUCCUCCAAUCAAUAUGGAUCCUUGCCCUUACGUGCUCAUCGCCGUUGGGGAUUUGGCCUUGAAUCUCCCGCACAAAUCCCACCUCUCCUUCUACUCCAAAUUCAAGCUCAGAGGAUUCCCCUCUCAACUCUCAGACCUCCCAUGCGGCGGCGCUGCCGAUGCCAGGAUCCAUGCUUGCUUCACUUUGAACAAGUCGGAGUUAGAGAAGCUGGUUGAAAAAUCCUCCAAAUUUUCUCGUCUGAAGAUCAAGAUUUACGGGCGCAGCGGUGACGAGGGCAGCGGGUGUGGGUUAGUGAUGAAGAGUAGUAAGAUGUUAGGAUGCGUUGAGGUGCAGUUGGAUGUCAAGAGUAUUGUCGAGAGCAGCGGAUACAACCGCGCCUGCCCCAUCCGGAACGGGUGGAUCCCAAUCCGGAGCGGGGCGGAUGUGAAGCUCCACUUGAAUGUGCGGGCCGAGCCCGACCCGAGAUUCGUGUUCCAGUUCGACGGAGAGCCUGAGUGCAGCCCGCAGAUCUUCCAGAUCAACGGGAACCUCGUCAAGCAGCCUGUCUUCACCUGUAAAUUCACCUUCCGAAACUGCAGCGAGAGGAAUUCAAGAUCCAGAUGCUCGAUUUCGACAUCAGAGCGUGGCGCGAGAGCGUGGUGUUUGGGUUCGAAUUCGGAAGAAGGAGAGAUUCGAGAAGAGAGGAAGGGGUGGUCGAUCACUAUCCACGAUCUAUCGGGGUCGCCGGUGGCGGCGGCGUCGAUGGUGACGCCGUUCGUGCCGUCGCCCGGCGCCGACAGCGUGGGGAGAUCGAAUCCAGGGUCGUGGCUGAUCCUACGGCCGGGGUACAGCGCGUGGAAGCCGUGGGGACGCCUCGAGGUCUGGCGAGAGAGCGCCAACGUCUGCUAUCGCUUCGAGCUCAUCCCCGACGGCGCCAUCGACGCGAUACCACUCGCCAGUUCCAACGUCAGCGCCAAAACAGGAGGGAAAUUCGUCGUCGACAUCACAACGGGCCCCACCCCCAUGGCUAGUCCAAGCAGCAGCUUCGAUUUCAGCUCCGGGUGCGGGUCGUCGUCGGCGUCCGGGUCAGGAUCAUGGGCGCACCUGCUGUACCGGGGGUUCGUGAUGUCGUCGACGGUGGGGGGAGUGAAGCCGGUGGUGGAGGUGGGCGUGCAGCACGUGACUUGCACGGAGGAUGCGGCCGCGUUUGUGGCCCUUGCUGCCGCAAUGGAUCUCAGCAUGGAUGCUUGCCGGCUCUUCUCGCAGAAGCUGAAGAAGGAACUAAGGCAACCGGAUCUUUUCUGAACCAUUUCGUGUCGGGUCGGGUCGGGUGACUGACUGAUACAUUCGGAUGAAGUCACUAUUGGACCGCAACCUUGUUGCUACAUACAUUAAUUUAUUUUCAUUUUUAGCAUAACCAUUGUUGUGUUAUGCUCGUCUCUGGACUGUUGUGUUGUGAUCUACAUCUUGAGUUUCUGUACAGUCAUCGGGAGUUUAUUGUUUUUCUAAAUGUACAUUUCUUUAUUUCUUUCUACAUUAAUAAUGGACGUAUUUCUUUAAUA